GUGUCAUUGUCAGAUAGUACGUCAGUGUCAGUUAAAUUUGACAAUUUAUAAUAGUCUUAAUUUAUUUUAUAAAUAUUUACAUUAUUUUCCUAUUUUAUGAAUGCUUCCGAUUUUAAUUGUAUCAGUGGAUAAAUCUAAUUGGCAUUAUAUAAUCUUACCUUUCUAUUUUUAAAAGCAUAGUCUUAAACGAUAAUAAUGCUUGACAUGUUUUAUAGAAAUGUCUUCUGAUAUCAAAAAGUAUGAAGUUCAAAAUGUGGCAUCUACCGCUUACUACAUAUCGGAGUACAUUACCCCGAACGAGGAGAGUUCAAUUUUGUCAAACAUAAAUUCGGCGCCAAAACCCAAGUGGACGCAACUUUCAAAUAGACGGCUGCAGAACUGGGGCGGCAUACCGCACAGCAAUGGCAUGAUUGCAGAGACCAUACCGUCCUGGCUUGAUAACUACUUAGAAAGAAUCCAUAAACUGGACAUAAUGGGUGGAAAAAGGCCUAAUCACGUUUUAGUGAAUGAGUAUUUGCCAGGACAAGGCAUUAUGCCACAUGUGGAUGGCUCGUUGUUCUACCCCACUAUUACCACCAUAUCUGUAGGUUCACAUAUUGUUCUAAAGUUUCUGGAGCCUAAUGACGAUACAGACAAAAUACAAAUGGCUCCAGCAUUUUCAUUACUUUUAGAGCCUAGAAGUUUGCUUAUUCUUCAAGAUAAACUGUUCAAUUAUUAUUUACAUUGCAUAGAGGAAUUGACAGAGGAUACACUUGACAAUUCCAUAGCUAAUCUAAGUAUGUGCUCAACUGACUAUGUGAAGGGAUCAACUGUUCCUAGAAAGACUAGAAUAUCUUUAACCAUAAGACAUGUACCUAGAACGACUAGUUUUAAAAUUAAUAUUGGUAAUAAAAGAUGAUAUGUUAAUAGUAUUGUUUAUUUUUUCUACCCACAGGUCGAUUAAGAACUGUUUGUUGAUACAAAGAUACUUGUUUGUUGCUUUUAAAUAAAAUUGUAUAUAAUAAUGAA